AUGUCUAAUCAUAAGCAGCAAACUGUCUAUGCCAAUCAAGAAACUCCAGAAUGUGUUGACGUCUGUACGCAUGAAUUGAUCAAGGCCCACUCUCUGAGUCGACCGAACGCCCCAGCCAUAUGUGCAUGGGACGGUAACCUGACCUACGCCGAACUCGAGGAGCUUUCGGCACUGCUUGCGCAAAAAUUAGCGAUCACCGGGGUAGGCUUAGGAGAUUUAGUCCCCUUGAUCUUCUCAAAAUCCAAAUGGCCCAUUGUCGCAAUGAUCGCCGUCCUCAAGGCGGGUGCUGCAGUCGUGCCCCUCGAUGCAUCCAUGCCAGAAGGUCGGGUUCAGGCCAUCGUCAGUCAACUAAACGCAAGAUUUGCACUUGCUUCAAAAGAGUGCGCCCAAUCAUACAGCCAUAUGUUUGGACAGGUAUUCGUGGUUGAUGACGAGCACAUGAGCAGGCUAGGAACCGAAGCACCUGUCGAUUGUGCGCUGCCGGUAUCACAUCCUGGGGAUAUUGCGUAUACCCUUUUUACGUCUGGUACUACUGGUAUUCCGAAAGGAGCGUUGAUCCAGCAUAGGAAUUUAAGCAGCAGUGCAGUCGCCAGCGGCAGAGCCAUGGGAUUCGACGAGCAGUCUCGGACACUGCAUUUUACAUCUUACACAUUCGAUGCCUCCAUUCUAGAAAUCAUUUGGACCUUGGUCUGGGGAGGCUGUAUAUGCGUGCCGUCGGAGGAACAACGGAUGAACAGCCUGGUCGAGACUAUGAAUCAGAUGGAAGUGACGCUCGCCUUCUUUACUCCCCGAAUGCUCGAUAUGUUACCUUUGACGAGGGUUCAGACCCUCAGAACAAUCAUAACUGGGGGAGAACAGCCUGAUCCCGGUAUAGUGCACAGCCUCAGUGACAGCUUCCGCGUUAUCGUCGCCUACGGCCCCUGCGAAUGCUCUGUGAUUGCGUCGAUUGUGGACUGCAGCCGUGAAGUCUACCGACCAGGAGUUCUGGGUAGGCCAGUGGGAUGUAGAUUCUGGAUCGUCAAUCCGGACAACCCCGAUGAUCUGUCCCCGGUCGGUCAAGCUGGAGAAAUUGUGAUCGAAGGUCCCAUCGUCGGCUGCGGCUACCAUGCUGAAAAGCAAAAGACGGAAGCAGUAUAUUUACGGGAUUCUCCUCGAUGGGCUCGAGGAUUCCAGGACAGUAUCUCCAAAUUUUUUCCCAUGUAUCGGACCGGUGAUCUGGGCAGGUACACUCAAGACGGCGAAUUCUACUUUGUUGGACGAAAGGACAAUCAAGUCAAGAUCCGAGGCCAACGGGUGGAACUCGAGGAGGUAGAGCUGCAUCUGCGCAGCUGCCUUUCCGAAAUUAUGGUGAUUCAAGUUAUAGCUAUGCUAGCCUCCCCUGCUGAUGCCGACAACGGGGCUCCCUCUCUCACGGCAUUCAUAGUUGGGGGUGCAGACAAGUCGGUAGGGUUUCUCAAUUUGGAGCACACUGACAAGCCGGCUAUUCAUACAUCGCCAACUGAACAGAAAGCAUUUGCCUCGCUUAUAUCGAACGGCCGGUCCAAACUGGCGCGUCUCGUGCCUGCUUAUGCCGUCCCAUCGAUCUACGUGCCUCUACGAAGUACCCCCCUCACUCCGAACGGAAAGACCGACAGGAAAAGACUGCAGCAGCUGGUUUCUAAGUUCUCCAGAGCAGAUUUGGGGCGAUUCCAAACACCAGUGCAGGAAUAUCAGCCUCCAUUCACUCCCAUUGAGAAACAACUUGGGCAGCUGUGGACGUCAUUGCUCGGAGUGACAGAAAUUGGGUGCCAGGACAAUUUCUUCGGCCUUGGAGGAGACUCUCUCUCGGCAAUGCGCCUCGUCGUCGCUGCUCGAAAGGAAGGCCUAUCACUGACGACAGACAAAAUUGUCAUAAACCCAACUUUGGCAUCCAUGGCCGAGGUCACUUCAUUCAUCUGCAAGGGCAACGAGUAUGAUGUCGCCCCGUUUUCGCUCCUACCCGAAAACGAGAAGGAGGAAAUUCUGCAAGAGGCAGCCUCUCAGUGCGGCGUAACCAUAGCAGACAUCGAAGAUGCCUAUCCUGCCACACCCCAGCAGACUUUCUUUAUUGAUGGCGGCAUCAGCUCGAAAUUGUUCCAGAGGCAAAGCGUACAUCUGCUGCCAAGAUGGGUCGAUCCCGAGGAGUUUCUCCAGACAUGGGAUGUAAUAAGUGGCACCUAUGAGAUUCUUCGAACUCGGAUGAUCCGCCGUCCAUGCGGCCCAGGAUACAUUCAGGUGGUGAUGAAGAAGCAUGCCCUGUGCAGCCGGGGCGACUCGCUUGAAGACUAUCUGCAGCAAGACCACAAGCGCAUCAUGGGCGUUGGCGAACCAUUGUAUCGGUUCGGGGUGAUCGACGAUUCCAACCUGGGAGCAACGUUUUUCGUUUUAACAGUUCAACAUGCUGCAUACGAUGCAUACGCGUUAUAUCAGCUGUUUGAAAUCUUAGAUCAUGUCUACCACCGGGGCUACUGCCCCGCUCCGGAGUUGAAGUACAACCGUUUCAUCGAGCAAAUCCUUCAGAUGGAUCAACACGCCGCGACGGCGUUCUGGAAGUCAUAUCUGGCCGAUGUAGACACGAAGCCAUUGGGCGCUGUUCCCAAAGGCCAUUUGGUUUUCGCCGACACGUCCCUCCAACGCCAUGUCAGCCUGGUCAACUACUCAAGUAGCACCAAGCCAAUCUCCACCCGUCUCAAUAUCUCUUUGGCUCUCACGAUCAGCAACAUGCUGGAUUGCAAGGAUGUGAUCCUUGAGCUAUUCAGUAACGGUCGUCAGCUGGAUCUACCCGGAAUCGAAGACUUGCUUGCUCCAACCCUUGCUGCCUAUCCGUUGAGAAUUCGAGUCAAUCCCCAAGACAGCGUUCUGGAGCUGAUCCGCCAGACCCAAGAGGACUCGGGCUCCAUCACCACCUUUGACCAAUUCCAAAUCGAACACGUCGCUCGAAUCAAUACUUCUCUGCAUGACAUCUGCAAGAGCGCUAUCCGAGUGAAUAUUUUGCCCUUCCUUGAACCUACCAAGGCAAAACUCCGUCUCCCUCUUCUUUGGGGACAAUCCGCAAUCUCUCGAUCGUUGAGGCUGACCUGUGCCAUCACUCGGGAUGGCGUCGGCUUGGAAGCGGCUUUUGACAAGGAACUUAUCUCCAUCGAUACCGCCGAUGAGUUACUACGGAGAUGGGAGCUCGCGCUGCAACAGGUCUCCAUCGCAGAUGACGACCAAAUCGUCGCGGAUAUCGAUCAUGGAGGUUUCCACACCCUCGCACCUUCGAAGUUGCUCGAGUCUAUUUUCAAUAAGUCACAGGCAGUAAAGUCCAAGUUACUGGUAAGUUAG